GUCCUUUUUAGAGCAUCUUUGUGCCUGGAAUAGCAGUGCUGAUGGAUUCCUCAUUUCUUAUUGAGAAGACGACGAGUGGCUUUCUCCCUUCAGAGGCUGUUAUCAAUAUCGAUAUGGCAUUUCUGACGCAGUGUCACCACCUAGUGGGGAGAAAAUCACAAAAAUGUGUUUUACUUUUCGAACGCCCUGAGAUUCUUAGAAAAGAAUGCCUCCUCGUUUCAGUGCCAUUGGAAUUUUCAAUAAAAGGACCGAUACAAGUAUGUAAGUCUAACAAGGCGUGUUUGUUUUAAAUAACCUAUAUCCUAAGCAGUGCUUUGUUGGACCAGGUGAUCAAAUGGACAUGGACCAGGUGAUCCAACUCAGCCUUAAUCAGGUGGUUAUGGUGUAACGUCACAAGUGAGAGGUGUUAAAAAGUGCACAUUCGUGGACGUAAACAAGCUAAUUUUUCGUUGAGGUAAAAAUAGGCAAUGACGACAAUUCAGGAAAGAGCCGCUGCCUUAAAUCUCAAGGGGAAGCUGUACAGUGCUAUGCAUCUUCCUCAAGACUCAAAAAUGGGCAACACCGAGCAAACACUGUUCCCAUGGAGCAGUAUUAUAUCCCACCUUCAAGAACAUGUUCACGUGGACCAACGGUGGCAUCGUCUCCGAGCCUACACAAAAUGCUUUGUAGGUUCUGAUGCUGUGGAUGUCGUUCGGACUCGCUUCCAGAAUAAUUAUUUGGAGGGCCUUGACUUCCCUCGAUCUAAAGCAGUGCGUGUUUGCCAAGCUCUCAUGGACUGUGAGGUGAUUGAAGCAGUGAGAAGUCGGGCGUUUGACAAGGACAAAAAAAGUAACCGUUUCCAAGAUGCCAACUGCAGCCUCUACAGAUUUGUGAGCACUGAGAAUGCUGUACUGAACAAGCUUGCAAAUACAGUCAUUUCCCCCUUUACUAAAAAGGGUUUUGAUUUGCCUGACAAAGGAGAGAUGGAAGUGCUUUCUCAUAGCACACCUAUGAGGCCAAUCACCACUCAAGGAGACCGUAUUAAAAAGGCCACAUUAAGGUCAAGCAGCCCACAAGCCACAACGAAUGCUUUGCCACACUCAUUGGUCAGUGUGGUUUGGCAGGAGCAGACAGUGCUGCGUCUAAUGCAGAUUAUAGAGCUUCCCUUCCUUGAGAACCUGUUGGAGGCCAAAGAUAAUUCCUUGCAGCGAUCUUACAGUGUGGAUGAUGACCUAGAGGCACCGCACAGUAGCUGCUUUGACUGGUUGAUUCUAAAGUCCCUCAGGGACUGUCAGACUGAUGAGUGGCUGUCAGCAGCACUAGAUUCAAUGGAGUUCUUGCCUGACCAGCUGGUGGUGAAGGUGAGCCGGGAAUUCCCUGUAACAUAUGAUGAGUUGACCAAGGGUGUUAACACAGACCAGUGCAAACUUCUGCUUUUUGAUGCUCUUGGCAAACAUUAUGGCCAACCUGACUGCUCUCCCCUGCUUGGUGACUACAUGGGAGACGUCUGCACAGUUCUCAUAGAACAUCUUGAGAAUGGGAAUCUCAAACUGGCUCUUGAGGUCAUUCAACUUGGUUUGAAGCUCCUGCUUGUGGAAAGACGGGAUCAGCUCCAAAAAUUACUUUCUUUCAUGGCUUUGGCUGCUGACCCACAAGCCAUGAAGUUGCAUAAGGAGUUAGAGAACAGAAUGAUUGUGAAAAGGACAUUUUCCAAGGCAAUCGUUAACUACAGAUGUCUGUCAAAAGACAAGGCUGAACUCUUGGUCCUCUUCAUUAUGGACAACCAUGAUAAAGUUUUCCAGAUCCCAGCAUAUUUGCACAAUCUGGUUAGUGAAAAACUAGCUAGUAUUCAACAAGGGACAACAGACAAAUGUUCAGGUAAUGAGUUUUUCUUUGUCAAUGGACUACUGCUUGUUCGUUUUUGUUGUACCUUGACAUCUCUACCGCCCCCAAUCCAGAACCGGUUCAGCAAUCAACACAUUUUGAGUUACUUGAGUUGCUCAGGACCAUUGAUGAGGACCCAAAGUAUACACGCAAAGAUAAAAAGCGCCUGUUUGCAAAAUUUUAUCAAAGUCACCCAGAGAUAUUUGCUCAAUAUUUUGGGCCAAGACUGUCUAGCAUAAUCAGUGUCUUGUGAUGAGGGCUUUGCCA